GAUAAUUGUUCACAGGCGUUUGCGCCUCGUAUGCUCUUAUAGCCGUCGCCGACCCCGACAUCUGAGCAGCAAUAAACCCCCGACCCUUUGCAGACCCUGACUUCCCCGCAACAAUGGACGCUGACACGACGAAACCCGGUUCUGCCAUCCCCUCCCACGUAAAUGGCGAGCAGACGGCUCAAAAGGUCCCUACCGAAGUACGCGAUCAGAAAGAGAGGGAGAACCUCUACAAUGCCAUAGACAAAUCCAACCGAGGUCGCCAGCCAGUCGACUUUGAGGGAACGAGCGGCAGCUACUUCCCCGUAAAGACUGCUGCAGCCAACAUGAACGGAGAAGCUCCUCAGGAGACUCACCAUGUCGUCAAUGGCGAGAUCGACGUGGAAGGCUACAACCAGGGCAGCAAGACGCCACUCAAGACCAGCCGCGCCCACAGCCCAUACACCCAGCACCCCACCAUCGACUUCGACGGGCUCAGUUGGCCGAGCAAGGGCACACUGGCACGCAAAGAGGCAACCGAGGAGGAGAAGAAAGAGCGUCUCGAGAAGCUGUCGGGUGCUGUCAGAACCAUGCUCGAGUGUCUGGGUGAGGACCCAGACCGCGAAGGUCUCCGAGACACCCCCGACCGUUACGCCAAGGCACUGUUGUUCUUCACCAAGGGAUACGAAGAGAACCUACGAGACAUUGUCAACGGCGCAGUGUUCCACGAGGACCAUGACGAGCUGGUCAUUGUAAAGGACAUUGAGAUUUUCUCACUAUGCGAGCACCACCUGGUGCCCUUCACUGGCAAGAUGCAUAUCGGCUACAUUCCCAAUCGCCGCGUGAUCGGACUCUCCAAGCUCGCCCGCAUCGCUGAAAUGUUUUCUCGCCGACUCCAAGUCCAAGAGCGCUUGACAAAGCAGGUCGCCCUUGCCCUCUCCGAAAUGCUGCAGCCCCAAGGUGUCGCUGUCGUUGUCGAGUCAAGCCAUUUGUGUAUGGUGAUGCGCGGCGUCCAGAAAACCGGCGCGACCACAACAACAAGCUGUAUGCUGGGACGUAUGCGAUCGACCGCCAAGACGAGAGAGGAGUUUCUGCGCCUCAUUGACCGACGGUAGGUGGACGGGUGACGAUGUCGAAAAGGCGUUCAAGGUUCAGGUGUACGUGUAGAGUUCAUCACUCGGGCGGGCUGGGCCGCGGUCAUUUCUUCCUAUACUCUAGACGCAUCGCCUUUCAACAGGCGCUUCAAACAGUUGAGAUAUCCA